AUGCAGUCCACCUCAAUACACGGCUCUGUGGUGAUUGCAUCAGAUGCUGAUUUGGACGUCGCUGUGAGCUCAUUGGUUCCUGUCUUGGACCUUGUAGAGACGGAAGAGACAUGGGACCGCAUCGAUCAUGCUUUGGCUCAAUUUCAAAUUCUGACCAAGUGCGGCGCGACCAAGGUGCCGUCGUAUAUAAUGCGCGUGCAUGAAUUUGCCCCGUGCAUUUCUAGGUCUUUGCUUUCAGAUCGCACACGUCUAUCUGGCACGGCGAGUGACGUGCUCAAUUCUAUGGCUCCACGUCUACGUGAGCGCUUCGCCCCGUUUGUGAAUGUGUUUAUCCCACCUCUACUCCAAUUGUGUGCGCGUACAAACAAGGUUUCACUUCGCCGUGCAGAAAAAAGUCUUCAUUUGAUCUGCCGUCACUGCCAUUUGCCAUACAUUUUGUCGAGUCUUGUGCACGCUUUAAAGGAAAAGUCCAGCAGUCUUCGCGCUUCUGCAGCUGAAUGCAUGGUAAUUUAUAUGGAGUCUUGUGAUCUUUCGCAACUUCAAAAACGUGUCACAGAUGUAGAGCAAGCGAUAAGACUCCUUGCUACCGAUGCUCAUCCUCAAGCCCGCGCUACAUGUCGGCAUUUGUACGGUUUAUAUGCAGGACUAUUUCCAGAACGUCGAGCAACCUUUUACUGUACACUUUCUGCAACAGCGCAACGUUACCUGGCAGCGGUUCAACCUGUAGCACCGGACAAAACCGUGACUGACGCUAAAGUCCCGGAUGAUACCCAAUACACAUCGCAACCCACGCAACCCACCAUAACACGAGUUUCGCGACUGAAAGGUCCCACAUUAGCAGGUCCUGUAUCGCAUACAUCCAAAACGUACUCGGAUCCCUAUGAGAGUACAGGUAUUCCGCCUCUGCCCACACGCGGCUCUAACCCAAGCGACGGAGUUGCACACCGACUGGCACUUGCGCGCGAACAAGCGAGACUCCGUUCGACACAACGGCAAGGCGCAGCUACUCCUACUGAUACUAAUGCUGCGGCGCGUCUUGCCUCACGUGCUCUGGUCCGUUCAUCGUCGUCGAUCGGAAGCGCACGACGUGUCGUGGUGUCGCGUCCCGAUAUAAUGACGCCACGCACGCCCACCGGAAAAAUGUCGGUUGAUUCUAAAGUGUCCAGUCCAUUCUGUACCAGUUCACAAUUUACACCCAAGCGGAAGCCUUUUUCUGUCGUCAACGAGGACAGAUCACCGCGAAACCGUGUUACACCACGCAAUAUAUGA